AUGACGAUAUUCCAGCUAACCAACAGCGAUGGCGCAAACUCCGCGACAGUUACCUCAAUGGACGCUCUGAUAAUCGGUACUGGGCCAGCUGGAGCAGCGUUGGCCGCUUUUCUGGCAAAUUAUGGCAUUCGAGGGGCCAUGAUAAGCUCAUCUCCCACGAACGCAGAUACGCCGAGAGCUCAUAUCACGAAUAUGGCAGCCAUGGAAUGCCUGCGGGACUUCGGCCUAGAAGCAGAAUGCAACCGCCUCGCCACAAAUGGAUUCAACAUGAUGCAUACGCGAUGGGCUUACAGCAUGGCGGGAGAAGAAUAUGCCCGAAUCCAUUCCUGGGGACACGACCCAAAGAGAAAGGGUGACUACGAGAUGGCGAGUCCCUGCGACCCGGUCGACCUUCCUCAAACCCUGCUCGAACCGAUCCUCGUUCGGAAUGCCACACUUAACGGCUUCAACUGCCGUUUCGAUACCACAUUUGUCAGCUUCACCGAGGAUAGCCAUGGUGUCUUGUCAACACUGAAAGAUAACAUCUCCGGUGCACUAUACCAGAUCCGCUCAAAGUACCUGUUUGGCGCGGAUGGCGCUCGCAGUCAAGUCUUCAGUCAAUUGGAGCUUCCACUGGAUGUGCGACCUGAUCAGGGAGUUGCAUACAAUGUGCAUCUCAAGGCAGAUCUCUCCAGCUAUAUGAAAUACCGGACUGGGAAUCUACACUGGCUGUUACAGCCAGACAAGGAGCACCCUCUUUUUGGCUGGGCAUGCAUAGCAAGAAUGGUCAAGCCAUGGGAUGAAUGGCUGUUCAUCGUGCUCCCCGAGCGAGGAAAGGAGUUGACAGUCACACCUACCGACGAAGAAUGGGAGAAACGGAUGAAGGAGUUCAUCGGGGAUGAUUCAAUCCCCACGGAGAUUCUAGGUGUCUCGAAGUGGCGAAUCAACGACGUUGUGGCAGAGAAGUUUUCCAAGGGCAGAGUAUUCUGUCUGGGUGAUGCCGUUCACCGUCACCCACCGUCGAAUGGACUUGGCUCCAACACAUGUAUACAAGAUGCGUACAAUUUGGCAUGGAAAGUCGCUCAUGUCUUGAAGGGACACGCAUCUCCUUCUAUCCUUGAGACCUAUUCUGAAGAGCGCCAGCCCGUUGGACGCGGUGUGGUGACUCGCGCAAACUCGUCAUUCCGCCAUCACGGUCCUGUAUGGGAGGCCCUUGGUGUGACUCUGCCAACAACCGAGCUCAGAGUAGAAGCUCUGACUGAACUCACGCUGGCUACUGAUCAAGGGCGGGCCCGCCGGAGCAGACUCCAGGCCGCUAUCGAAGAAACAGAGCAUGAGUACCAUGCGCUUGGUACUGAAAUGGGCCAACAUUAUCAAAGCUCCGCGAUAUACGCAGCAGACGAAAAGGAGGCUUUCUAUGCCCCUGAGGUCGUUGCCAAGGACGCCGAUCUUUGUUUAACGCGAAGCACAUACCCCGGUUGUCGCCUUCCUCACGUGUGGCUCAACGCCGCUGUUCCGGUCCAGCGUGUUUCCACCAUCGACCUUGCCGGAAAUGGAUUGUUCACCAUUCUCAGCGGUAUCGGUGGCCAGGCUUGGAAAAUCGCUGCUGAUCAGGUUGGAGCUAGCCUUGGGAUAAGCAUCAAGGCAUACUCAAUCGGUUUCAGGCAAGACUAUGAGGAUGUCUACUUUGACUGGGCCCGUGUCCGUGGGGUGGAUGAAACUGGGUGUGUUCUUGUGCGGCCUGAUCGAUUCGUCGCUUGGAGAUGUGACGCAGUGCUCGGCGAUGCGACUCGGUGUGCUUCCAAGUUACACGAGGUCAUGGCCAACAUAUUGGGACGGCAAUAA